GACAGACGCUUUAUCAGUGGACACCUAGAAUCCCAUGCAGAUCUAGGAUUCAACUAAUUAUGAUCCGGAUUCAGUUUGAAUCCCAAAGUUUUAUUUGAUCCCAUUUCCCACUGGCUGUAAAACUAGACGCUGGAACGCGCACACGUCUGCGUUUCUAUUGGCUGACCGCAGCGUCGCUCACAGGAAUGACGAUUUUGCUGCUAUAACCAGCUGAUGCUGAGGCUAUGAACACGGAGCCUCUGAAGAACUGUUGACGGUACAUGGAUACCCUGUCAUCGGCGGUGUGCCUGCGGAAUCGGUGUCAUCUCUGACCAGAAACUGAAUAAAACUGUGUGGACGUCCAGAUAAGAUCGCCAGAGAGACAACCGCAAGACAUGGAAUAAAAAAAAGGGAUUUCUGAGACAAUUGAAAGAACGUGAGUGAGAGCCAUAAAUAAAAGAAGCUGACAUUUAGAACUGUAAGGCUUGACGAUAGCUGCACAGUGUUGAAGAGCGAGGCUGAAGCUGAACAGGAGUGACGAUGGGGUGUGGUCAGGUGGUCGCCACGGUUCUCCUGGACGCUACAGUUCACUCCAUCCGCCACCGGCCAAAGCAGGAGUCUCCUCACUAAAACCAGAGCAGCUCGAUUCAUCUGCUGGAGGAGCCCCCACCCUCGGUGAUGUGAUGAAUAAGUUUGAAGUCCUUGGCAUUGUGGGAGAAGGAGCGUAUGGAGUGGUGCUUAAGUGCAGGCAUAAGGAAACCAAUGAACUGGUGGCCAUUAAGAAGUUCAAAGACAGCGAGGAAAAUGAGGAAGUCAAAGAGACGACUCUUCGGGAGCUGAAGAUGCUCCGGACUCUGAAGCAGGACAACAUCGUGGAACUGAAGGAAGCUUUCCGCAGGAGGGGGAAACUCUACCUUGUCUUUGAAUAUGUUGAAAGGAAUAUGCUGGAGCUAUUAGAGGAACUGCCCAACGGUGCACCUCCAGAUAAAGUCCGCAGCUACAUCUACCAGCUUAUCAAAGCCAUCAACUGGUGUCACAAAAAUGAGAUCGUGCACAGAGAUAUCAAACCAGAGAACCUGCUCAUCAGCUCUGAGGAUGUCCUUAAACUCUGUGACUUUGGGUUUGCUCGGAACUUGUCUGAAGGAACAGAUGCCAACUACACUGAGUAUGUUGCGACAAGGUGGUACCGAUCGCCUGAGCUGCUGCUUGGGGCUCCCUAUGGAAAGGCCGUGGACAUGUGGUCAGUUGGGUGUAUCCUCGGGGAGCUGAGUGAUGGGCAGCCGUUGUUUCCAGGCGAAAGUGAGAUUGAUCAGCUCUUCACCAUUCAGAAGGUUUUAGGACCACUUCCUGCAGAACAGAUGAAACUCUUCUACAACAACCCUCGUUUUCAUGGAAUCAGGUUUCCUUCAGUUACUCAUCCUCAGACUUUGGAGAGAAGAUACCAAGGCAUCUUGAGCGGGUUGAUGUUGGAUUUGAUGAAGAACCUGCUGCUGCUGAACCCUACAGAGCGUUAUCUGACCGAGCAGAGUUUGAACCAUCCAGCCUUCCAGCCUCUGAGGCAGGCAGAAAGAGAGAGGCCUCCUCCAGCCUCCCCCAACCCGCCACGCUCCUCUAAAAGGAAAACACAUCAUCAUGGAGAAAACACAGUUCCUACGAGGAGUCACACUAAGAGCACCAGUCGGCGCUCCAAUAGCAAAGAAUGUUCUAGUCUCCCUCGCCAUGGUGACCUCCAUCACUUAGGCAAUGAGAGUUUCCUCAAUGGCAACAAACCGGCCCCGUCCAGUUUGAGUCCUACCCUCCACCCCAAGGGUCAGUACAUGUCCCAGACCCUCAACCGCUCUGUCUCAUCCAACAAAGACCUGGCAAACAACAACCUGCCGCACCUCCUCAGUCCCAAAGAAGCCAAAAACAAGACAGAGUUUGACUUCACUUUAGGACCCUCACCUAAGCUGCCUGACCACGGCGCCAAGUACGGCCACAGCAAACCCACUUCAUCUCGCUCACAGCAACAGCAGCAGCAGUCCGGCCGUCACACCUUUCUGGAAGGCAAGACCAACACACUGCAGUCUGGAGCUGAGAAACAACACGGCCGACAUGCCCACAGCAUGGCCGACUCCGCCCACGGAUCCAUGUCCUCUUCUUCAAAAAGUUCAGCAUCUUACCUCAGCCUGUCCAAGAGCCACAGUGCACUGAGUGAUGCUAAAUCUGUGGGGAACCUGAGCGACGGGCGACUCCAUCCAGAUGACCCCAACGCCAACACGUCCGGAGGUGUCGGAACAGGACCACGAUUCUUCCCGGCCAGUUGUUUGGACCUCAAUACCCAGUCUGGACCUCCAGGGCCUCCUGGCAGCCCCUCUGCUCGUCACAGUGACCGCUCUGGUCACAGCCCCGCCUCUCGAAGCAGCGGUAACAUGCGCAUGGAGAGCAGCACUCUGGACUCCUCCUCCAGGCACAAAUCAAGACAUAAAUCUUUGGUUCCAGAAGAUGCUGGUGCUCCAGAGCUCUUAGACCCUGGAGGAGCAGGGAUGCCCUCCACUCACACUCUGCCUUCUCCACAUGAGUCGUACCAUUACGGGUUGGGCUACACCUCCCCCUUCUCCUCUCAGCAACGGCCUCAACGCCACUCGAUGUACGUCAGGAGAGAGCGCCACAGACCUCAUGGGGUUGAAAGUGGGAUGGCGGGUUUGCCAGCACCAGGCCAGGCCAUACCGACACGUGCCAGUAGCCUGCAGCUCCUCUCACCACAGCUCCAGCACCGGACCACCCUCACCGGACACUCAGUGAGCUCAUCCAGAGAGGACUGCACCGACGACAUGACCAGGAGUGAGCAGUCUCCUAAAGACAUGAGCCACCCUUGUGCCCCCAUCAAAGACUCUACGAGGGACAACACAGCAGCUUUUCAUACACAGCGCGCUAAAAACGAGGUUCCUAUGUAUCAUGACCCUCACAUCGAGGACGGCAGCUCCUCCAAAGAGAAUCGGAUGAUCUUCACUGAGUCCAUGCCUCGCAGAGUCGGCAGCUUCUACAGAGUCCCCUCCCCCAGACCAGAUAACUCCUCCUCUUUUCAUGAUGGGGUCGGACAGGGUCGAGGGCCCGUAGUGCCUGUCGUACCCGUCGGACCCGUUGUACCCGUCGGACCCGUUGUACCCGGAGACCCUGGGGUCAUGGCCAACCACUCCAAGAGACAGACAGCUUUUGACUGGACUGCUGCAGAAGCGAUGGUCAUGAAUCCUCCAGAGCCCACCAAAGAGAAAGAGAAACAAGGCUUCUUCAGAUCUAUUAAAAAGAAAAAGAAGAAGACACAAAUAACGGACAUGGAGGACACGAGGAACCCGAGCAUCAAGAAAAGCCUUUUUCCCCUCUUUAGCUCUAAGAAUAGCUUAAAGCACAACUCAGCUGUCAAAGUCCUACCUGUAGUGGCCUCGCCUAUGGUUCCUGGUAACGGCCAAGAGCAUCUGUCCCUCCAGAGGAGCUCCAAGUCGUCCUCUCACCACGGCAGCCGUCGGAAAAACCGAGAGCGAUCCCGAGACAGAGACCGGGAGCGGGAACAGAGCCGGGACAGGGACCGAGACCGAGAGAGAGAACGAGAACGAGAAAGAGAGAGGGAACGAGAGAGAGAGAGGGAGAGAGAACGGGAGAGAGAGAGGGAGAGAGGGAGGGAGAGGGAGAGAGUUAAUGAGUGGCCUCCCGACAAACCGGUGGACUCACACUCUCAGAGCCAACCGCUGAAGUCACUUCGCAGGCUCCUUCACCUCUCCCCGUCCUCCUCAAACCAAGGGCAGCCUCCUCCUCCUCCUCCUCCAGACCUGCGCUUCCAAGCUCCCCUCCCCAACCCCCCUCAGCCCUCCUCCAAACCAGGCUACCCAGAGGGACGGGGCACACCGAGGGCAGGGGACGCUGGGGUGAGCAGCUCCUCCCAGGCUAAAAGCCGUAAGGCCAGCUACCCACUCCCAGGACAGAUAGAGUCCAGCUGGCACGUGUCUGCUUUACAGCGGGCCGAGGGCGCCCAGUUCACCGCUGAACAGCUGGGCAUCAAACCGGGCCAGAACGGACCCACCUUUACCCGCGCCUCCCGCCCCAGGAUGCCAAACCUCAACGACCUAAAGGAGACCGCGCUGUAAACCCCCAAACCACACCACCUCUGAUAUGGCUCCAUCCUCUGCCACAUGCAGAUUAGUGGUACUGUAAUACACGUUUACAUGAAAGCCUACUUCACUGGAGUUACUCAUUCAGAAACACAGUCAUCUGUUGAUGCUCACGUCUCUGAAAACUACAGCUUUGAAGACCAGACGUCGAUACAAACACCGGUAAACAAGUGUCUUUUAGAGAAUCAAAGACAGUAGAGGGCCCGCUCCCUCCUGGGAUGCCAGUACUAUAUUAGUUGUAUGUUAUUCUCUCUCUACUUACAAGGUGUAAACAUCAGAAUAAGCUGAUCUGUCCUUCAACAGAGACACUGCCCAUGUGGCCUCUUUGCUGCCAUCUCCUGCUCACAGGACUGUACUGCAACACAUCAGACUGCCGCUGUCUCACCGGCUGCCAAUAAACUCAAAUGUUUUUCAAGCUCUGAUAUUUGAUAAGAACAAAAAAAAAAAAAAGAUUUAUAUUAACAUUAUUUAUUGAAUAUUUAUUUGUUUUCAAUUCAAGGAUAUAAGCUAUAAAUGACACAGUAUGUAGGUUAUAUGGGAAUAUUAUAUGGAAAUAUAGAAUUAAAUGUGUAAUUGCAAGAGCUUUAGUUUCGAGACACAGAGAAAUGCAUAGAUAGAUAUUUAUGUGUUGAUAAUACAAUAUGUCACAAGGAAUAUUUAAUGGUGAAUGUCUUUUGGUUCAAUUUGAUGUUAUUAACAAAUUGUCACUUUAUAUCGUAUUAUUUUACCCUUUUUUCAGUUUGUCUCAUGAAGAUACAAAGAAGUAGAAAAAACACUCAUAACCCAAAGUGGAAAAACCUCAUUCUGCUGACGUUACAUCUGCUCAUCAUUGUUGUAAUAUCAGUUUCAGGUGAUUUGUCAACAGGGUUAGGUAGCAGAACAGCCAGAGUGAGACUGUUUGCCUCUGUGGUUUUAUUGUCUGUUCACUCUAUGUCCACCUUUUUUGGUUUUUCACUGAGCCCCACUUGCAGGCUUUUUUUUCUUUCUUUUUUUUUUCUCAGUAAAACUUUUUCAGCUCCAUGCUGCCAUCUCAUCUACAGCCUUAACAGCACAUGAAGGGCACCGCGAAGCCCUGCAGAAGGGUUUUCAUAACCUCAUAAACCAAUGUUUAUUUAAGACAGUUAAGACAGUAAGAGAGUACUCUGCAAAAAAAGAAAAAAAAAGAAAAACAUACCUCACCCACAACCUUUAAGAUCUUAAAGGAUGAGUCUGGUGUUGAGAUUUUUCUUACUGUCAGUAAAUCCUGUAAAAGACCAACAGUAAAAAUGGAUUUAUUAAAUGACCAAGUAUUUCUAUGAUAUCCCAACACAGGCGGGACUUUUCUCUUAUGUUAUAGCCCUUAAUUAUUACAACUGUUCCAGAAAAAAAUUUAAAUACCUAGAGAAAAAUAACACAUUAAUAUGCCAUAACAUUACACAAUGUUCUUUUACUAAGAACUAAAGCAUGAAUUCCACCACUGGAAAUAGUCCCAGUAAAUAAAUACAGGAUAUGAGUGAAAUGGUGAAACUAGAUAUAAGAGCUUUUUUAAGUUAUUAUGUUUUAAGUGAUGGAUUAACACUUUAUUCCCCAAACUUUUUUUUUCUGGUGAUCUACAAACCAUUAGGACCCAAAUCAUAAAUCUGUAGAUCAUGAGUGGAAGGGAAUUUGUGCAUAAGUUUUUGACCAUUUUAACUUUAUAUUAUUUUAACAGAGUAACAGGCUCUUUUGAAGACAUAAUACAUUUGAUAAAUCAUUACUUUUUUAUGGACGUAUUAAUGAAAGUAUAUAAACAUCUUAAUAUUAAAUAAGUACAUUUAGGUAGAUAUAACACUAUCAUACUCUCAUCAGCAAAACAAAAAUAUUUUAAGCACAAUCAUUAAACAGAUGUAAACACUCAAAAUUAAAACUAUGAUUGUUCCUGAAAUUAAUUUGGGGACCCAAAUCAAACUACCUGUGGCCCAUCUGCAGGUCUCGACCCAGUGUUUAGGAGUGGAUGGAUAAACUCAUACUCACAUUUGGUCUUUUUUUUUUGGUUUGUUGACAUUAAGAUAAAUCUGAAAACUAACCCCAGAUUUAUUCUUUAACUCGUGUGUUUACAUUUUACAUGCCUGUGUUAAUGAUUUUGUAAAUGGUUUUUGUAAAUGUGGUUUCUGUAUUUGCAUUACAUUUCUUUUACAUUUCAGUAGAACAAAAAGAGUCAUAAUCAGGGAUGGUCUUACUUAACUUCAUAAAAGCAUUUACUUGUUGUCUGCUGUUCUGUGGAUGAUGAAGUGUAUAGAAGACACACUGUGUUGUGGCCUACAGGUGAAAUAUAUAACAUAUUACUCCUGAAUUUAUAUUCAUUGUAUUCUCCUGUCUUCUUCUUCUGUGGUUUGAAACCAACAGAAAAAAACACACCAGGCUUUUACAUCACAGACAUAGGAUGUGAAGGAAAUAAUAAUAAUGUCAUAAUAAUAAUAAUAAUAAUAAUACCAUUCAGAGACAUGUGGGCUAAUGUCGACUGAACCAGCAAAUCAGUAGCUAGGUACAGUAAAUUGCAGCUAAAUAUAGCACACAGAAGGAUUUCCACCUGAAGAUGGUGAUUAAAGUGGCCACAUGUAAUAUUCAGAUGUUCUGCAAUACAUUUUUGAUUUUCAGUGUGUCCUUGAGCGUAGACCCAGGUCAGGUAAAACUGCUCUAUGUUGUGUGUUACGGUAAAUCCUGAAUGUGUGUGAUUGUAAAAGACACUGAGGCGUGUUUGUUCGAAACAGAACAGAGUGAUAACAAAGCUUGCCUUGACGGUGACCAGAAGCCUUACUCACUGACGGAAACGAAGGCUUCGACCCCCAACGAGUCACACACAAACUGAGAAGGGAGGAAAAAUUUUUGCUCAGAAAUAUGAAUGUGUUUCCUAAGGCAUCAGUUGUGUUUUUUUUUUUUUUUUUCAUUAAGCUGUUUCCCACUUCUUACAGGGUGUAAAUAGAAAUAAUAGAGUGUAUCUAUACAGACCAUUCUACUUUAAAAUGAUAGGGUCUCAUAAUAAAAGCCAACUGUACAUUUUU